AUGCUACAACCAUAUCCCAGGUUCUAUAUCAUUCGGCCUCAAGGUUCAUUUGUGCCCUUGAUCCCAGUCGACGAGCUACCGACGUGGAUUCAAGUUGGAAACUGGGACUGGAAUGAUAUGUCAUUGUUCACUGCCAUGGCUCCUGCUAGUUUCAGCUCUAUCCCGCGCAUCGGUGAAUACGACGUCGUCUGCCACCACUGCAGCGCCAGUCUCGAUAGUCUUCAUCGAAGCGUCUCGGAGCAGAGCGGGAAGACUAGACAUAGCUCUCAGUACCCUCCCUUACCACUUACGAAACCAAACAAGACCUACGCCGGUGCAUUUCUCUCACAGUCAUCACAGGAGGCACUUUCUCCUCUGGCCUCAAGCUAUCUAAUGUCCUUGAAACAGCCGCUCUUUUACACAUCUGGAUACCCUGCAUGUUUCACCGAACCCCCUUAUUAUGCGAAUCUGCAGAGCCCUUUUGUUGGAGUGUGUUUCAUUAAAGGCAUCUGCCAAAGGCGUCGAGAACGAACGAACGAAUCGAUAUCUUUGAAAGAUUUACGUAAACAACAGAACCGGAAUAGUCAAGAACUAACCGCUGACGAGUUUCUGGAUCCUGAGGAUCCUCCAGCUCCUGCCAAUUUGCCAAGCGCUCCAAAUCCGCAAACCGCUGCGGCUGGCCUGAGUGCUCAGGGCCAACCCCAGAGUAAUCAGGCGUAUGACCCCGACGAGAUCACAGAGGUAAACGACAAUGUAGGCAAUGCACCUGCCGCACCGUUGUCGGGUGAUGAGAUCCAGGAAAUGGGAGGAAGUCUUACACCAGCGUCCCCGUCGAAGUCCAAGCAACAGAAUCCCGCUAGAGAGGAACCGCAACCAGUUCCUAUACCACCAAAGUCCCCGUUGAGGUCCGCGCCACAGGAGCACGAUCAUCCUGCUACAAGAGAAACACAACCAGUUCCUAUACAAGGGGCAUCAUCGGGGCCCAAGCCAUAUGGAUCUAAUUACCAUCCUAAGCAUAAGACGGGCUCACACCCAAACAAACACGAGGAGCUCCCAACAUUUCCCGUCGACCAGUCACUCAUUUUUCCACACUCGCCCUCCGACACUAGUCUAGAUAGCAGAUUGAGGAUAGGUACUCAAUCUGCUCGGUACGAGGACAUGGACCUGUAUGAUAUCUCACGCCGCUCAUGUGAGGCUUCACCUCAAACCACAAAAUCGCCGUUACCACAAGCAUCUUCAAAACGACGUUUGAAGGCGAGGGGGUUCAAGCCAUUUUCAUUAUUCUAA